GCUGUCGGUCCCGCCCGCCGGGAGGGGCGGCCCCAGCCCGGCCCCGUUCCGGCCCCGCCCGCGGAGCGGCGCGGACAGAGAGGAGAGCGGCGGAGCCCCGAGGAGCCGCCGAGAUGCUGAGCUCGCCCUGGGCACGCUUCUACUCCAACAGCUGCUGCCUCUGCUGCCAUGUCCGCACCGGCACCAUCAUCCUCGGCGUCUGGUACCUGAUUAUAAAUUCGGUGGUGUUGCUGAUUCUGCUGAGUGCCCUGACUGAUCCUGACCAGUACCACCUGACUAGUGCUGAAUUAGGGGGUGAAUUUGAAUUUAUGGAUGAUGCCAAUAUGUGCAUUGCCACUGCAAUUUCUCUCCUCAUGAUUCUGAUCUGUGCAAUGGCUACAUAUGGUGCAUACAAGCAACAUGCAGCUUGGAUCAUCCCUUUCUUCUGUUACCAGAUCUUUGACUUUGCCCUCAACACGUUGGUUGCCAUCAGUGUACUCGUCUAUCCCAGCACAAUUCAGGACUACCUCCAUCAGCUGCCCAACAAUUUUCCCUACAAGGAAGAGAUUAUGUCUGUGAACCCUACGUGUCUGGUUGUGAUUAUCCUCCUUUUCAUAAGUAUCAUUUUGGCUUUUAAGGGUUACUUGAUAAGCUGUGUGUGGAACUGUUACCGAUACAUCAAUGGCAGAAACAACUCGGAUGUGUUGGUGUACAUUACCACCAAUGACACUGCGGUUCUGUUACCACCAUAUGAUGAUCCUGUGAAUGGAGCUGCUAAAGAUCCACCACCACCUUAUGUGUCAGCAUAAGUGAGAGUGCUGUGUCCCCAGGGAUGAUAGCUUUACUUUACAGACAUUGAAGCAAUAGUUUGAUAAUUUCACUUCCAGGAUAUAACCUCUGUGGGUUACACUUUGCUGUUUUGCUGACAUAUUGAAACCUAAAUUGUAUGACUCAUAUUCUGUAGAUAGUUUUAAUAAUUUGCUGCAACUACAGUAGUGUUUCAGAAACUAGUGAACUAGUUUCAGAAUAAUUCUGGGUAGCACUAGGGUUACAGUAGUCACUGAAUAGCUUUUUCCACCAUGUCUGACAUACAGUGCUAGAGAACAUAGAACUUUGCAUUCUCUAUCAGGUUCAGAGUGUAACUUAAUAUUUUUAUUUGUAAAACUUCCAAAGCAUUACAAACAUGUUUCUCAGAUGCCCACAUUCAACUUCAGAAUACAGACCAAAAAGUCAAAAAGUAACAUUCCAGUCCAUUCCUCUUCUGCAAGUAUUUUUGAAGUUACUAUGCUAUGAGUGAUGAUGAUGAUGAUUGCAAGAAGAAGAAUUAGUCUUAUGCACUGUUCUCAUCAAACUGGCUAAUGGGAAACAUAUUUAAUUGGGAAGGAUAAGUAUGGGAAAUGAGAAUAGACAAAACACUCUUAUGUGUAAAAAGCCAGAACUUGUGAUCUACAUGGACUCACUUUAUCCCAGCCUGAAACCAUUGUAAUGCAAAAAAAAAAAAAAGUUAGCAAUUUCUGAUUACUUUCUUUUUCUGCCUACCCACCUUUUUCCUCUCCACUAACUUCACAAAUAGUAUUUUGAGGUCACAAAAUCCCUGCUUUAAAGUCCCAUGAUUAGGUGACAAAGCUGUGUCUUUCACACUCAACACGCAAAUGUUUUCCCAUUGGAAUGUGCCUGUAAAUAUCGCAAUGUCCUGCUGAGUGUAAACUAAAUUAUGCAGAUUCUAAGAUACAUUUUCCCAGCCUGUGGGGAACUUAAGCAUGUAAUUUCCUUGAGCAUCAGCAGAUAUGUUUUGUCUGUUUCUCAUAUACAUCAGUGUGAGGGUAUAGAUUCCUUUUAUGACUGAACUGGUUGUACUGAGAAUCUUUCUCAUGGGGCUCAUUCACCCGUGAAUGUUUGUGUGAGGUUUUAUUUCUUCUCUAGAGAAGUGCCUCCUGCACAUGUAACUUUUUGUUUUGAUGAAGUUUCUACUUUUAAUUGAAAAGAAACAUGAAAAGGGAAUACAAUGUGUGUCUCUACCUCUCCUUGUUUCCCUCUGCAUUGUCUCCUCUGCGUUUGGGGCGACUGUACAGGCUGAAGCUCAGCUGGUGCCAUUGCACAGCACCCGGGUAAAGGGCAGUGCUGAGCUGAGUCACAGUUUGGAGGGGCACCAGAAGACACCAAGGUGCCAUCUCUCCUGUGGCUGGGCUGGUAUGGGAGUCCACACCUUCCUGAGCAGGACACCUGUCCUUACCCAUAGUGCAUUGACUCCAUUCUGCCAGCUGAAGAAAUGUGGAACUUUUCCUGACUUUUUUCUGGAAAAGAGCUUUCCAGGGGAACACAGGACCAACAAAUUAUUUUCACAGAGAUUGCAACUGUGAGCUGUUCUUGCAGAAGCCAGGGAAGGAAAGGACAGACUCUUGCUACCUGUCUCUUCCACACCCCUGGCAAAAGGCAGGUCCCCAUCUGUUUAUUGGAAUUUUAGUUCAUGGUUUAUCUACUCUAAGAUCAAGCUAAGCAAUGCAUUUGAAUGAACCAAUCCUGAAAUCCAUCCACUGAUCAUUGUCUAUUUUUUUCCUUUCUGAAUAAUGCCAUCUGCUCUUAUUACAGGUGUCUUUGGGAAUUAAUCUGAAUUUGGGGGUUGUGCUGGCUGGCUGGGCUUCUGAGCUUCAUUUUCUUUCAUUCUUGACAGAUUUGUGAAGGAUGUUAGGCAGUCAUCUGUUUGAGAAAAGCUGGUUGUAAAUACAUUGCAUCUGCGUAUACAAACUUCUCUACAAUAAAAGGGAUUGUUUCCUCAAGAA